GGGACUCAUCAGAGAAGUUAAGAUAGUCGGAUCACCCUGAGGAGAGCCUGGCAUGGGAAGGAACAAGCUUGUCAUCAGCAUGCUGCUGCCUGCAAUCCCUGUCUUCCUGGGGUUGCUUGUGCAAAACGCCUGCUCCCCGACAGAAGCCCCAGAACUGGCAAAAAGAUGUGAUAAGAAGUCUACCCUAGUCGUCAGGACAAAGUGCCAAUCCUGCGCGACCAACUUUGCAGUCAAGUGUCCAGAUGGCUACAUCAAGAUUACCAAUGGCUCUGUCGGGGUUCGGGAUUGCAGGUAUUGGCUUGACAUCCAGUCAUAUGUUCUGGCUAUCCCUGGAUGCCACCAUAUAUGUAGGAAGGAUUACCUACAACCUCAAUGUUGUCCAGGACACUGGGGCCCAGACUGCAUGGAGUGCCCAGGAGGAGCAAGGGCGCCCUGUGGUGGCAGGGGCGUUUGUGAUGAAGGCAUGGAAGGAACCGGAAGCUGCUCCUGCCAAGCAGGCUUUCGUGGAACAGCCUGUGAAACCUGUGCUGAUGAGAACGUUUUUGGGCCCAAUUGUACAGCAGUGUGCAAUUGUGUCCACGGUGUGUGCAACAGCGGGAUCAAUGGUGACGGGACUUGUGAGUGCUUGUCUGCAUACAGGGGGCCCAAGUGUGACAAGCCCAUCCCCGAGUGUGCAACCUUGCUCUGCCCAGAAAACUCGAGAUGCUCACCUUCCAGCAAAGAUGAAACAAAACUCCAAUGCAAAUGCCUUCCCAGUUACGAAGGGGAUGGCCAGAACUGCAAGCCCAUCAACCCAUGUUUAAAAAACGCCUGCCACCCUCAUGCCAGUUGUUCCUACCUGGGACCGAAUCAGCACAGUUGUGUAUGCCAGAAAGGCUACCAAGGAGACGGUCAAGUGUGCCUGCCAGUGGAUCCCUGCCAAACCAACUAUGGAGACUGCCCUACCAAGUCUACGGUGUGCAGAUACGACGGGCCUGGACAGUCUCACUGCGAGUGUAAACAACAUUACCGCAAUUUUGUGCCAGGAGUGGGGUGCAGUAUGACCGACGUCUGUGAAUCAAAGAACCCAUGUCAUAAGAAUGCAAACUGCAGCACAGUCUCACCAGGCCAAACACAAUGCACUUGCCAGAAAGGUUACGUGGGCGACGGCCUGAACUGCUAUGGAAACAUCAUGCAAAGACUCAGAGAAUUAAAUACUGAACCUAGAGGAAUAUGGCAAGGACAGCUGACCUCUUUCAUCUCGAUACUUGACAGAACUUAUGCCUGGCCACUGAGCAAUCUGGGACCCUUCACUGUGCUGCUGCCUUCAGACAAAGGACUAAAAGGGGUUGAUGUAAAGGAGCUCUUGAUGGACAAAGAGGCUGCUCAGUACUUUGUGAGGCUCCACGUCAUUGCUGGGCAAAUGAGCACGGAGCAGAUGUAUAACUCAGACAUCUUCUAUACCUUGACAGGAAAGUCAGGGGAAAUCUUCAACAAGGAUGAGGACAAUCAACUACAGCUCAAACUUUAUGGAAGCAAAAUAGUGAAAAUUAUCCAGGGGAAUAUAGUUGCUUCAAAUGGGCUUGUACAUAUCCUUGACAGAGCCAUGGACAAGAUAGAGCCCACAUUUGAGAGCAACCCCCAGCAAACCAUCAUGGCGAUGCUACAACCAAGAUACGGCAAGUUCAGAUCUUUGCUAGAGAAAACCAAUGUUGGACAAGCCCUAGAUGAAGGUAGUAUUGGUGGACCAUACACCAUUUUUGUUCCAAGUAAUGAAGCAUUGAGUAACAUGAAGGCUGGCAUCCUUGAUUACCUCCUUUCUCCAGAGGGCUCUAGAAAACUUCUGGAACUUGUCAGAUACCACAUUGUUGCAUUUACACAGCUGGAAGUGACCACUCUGGUUUCGACACCCCACAUCAGGAGCAUGGCCAACCAGAUCAUCAAGUUUAACAUAACCAGCAAAGGGCAGAUUCUGGCAAACAACGUGGCCGUGGAUGAAACUGAGGUCGCUGCCAAAAACGGCCGAAUUUACACACUGAACGGAGUUCUCAUUCCUCCCUCCAUCCUGCCGAUCCUUCCCCACCGAUGCAAUGAAACCAAGAGCGAGUUGAAACUGGGCACUUGCGUCAGCUGUUCCUUGAAACAUUGGAGCAAGUGUCCUGCUGACUCGAAGCCCACGGCGAUCUUCACACACCAAUGUUUCUACGGCAGCAGAACACGGAACCCAAAAAGUGGCUGUGCCCGAUAUUGUAAUGUGACUCUGGAGAUACCAAAAUGCUGUAAAGGUUUCUUCGGGCCUGACUGCCACCCAUGUCCAGGAGGCUUCUUGAAUCCGUGUUCUGGAAAUGGGCAGUGCAUAGAUGGCCUCGGUGGCAACGGGACCUGCAUUUGUGAGGAUGGCUUCCAAGGUUCCAUGUGUCAGUUCUGCUCCGACCCCAACAGAUACGGACCUCGGUGUAACAGAACCUGCCUAUGUGCUCAUGGAACAUGUGAUAACAGACUGGACAGCGAUGGAGCCUGCCUGUCAGGAACAUGCCAAGAGGGCACAACUGGGAGGUUCUGCGACAAGCAGAUGUCAGCCUGUGGGCCCUAUGUGCAAUUCUGUCACAUCCAUGCCACCUGUGAAUACAGCAAUGACACAGCCAGCUGUGUCUGCAAUGAGGGCUAUGAAGGAGAUGGAACUCUCUGUUCUAAGAAGGACCCUUGCCUGGGACUGACCUCCAGAGGAGGCUGUAGUCCUAACGCAGAAUGCAUCCAAACUAACAUGGGGACAUACAGCUGUGUGUGCCAACAGGGCUGGACAGGGAACGGAAGAGACUGUGUGGAGAUCAACAACUGCCUGCUGCCUAGUGCCGGUGGCUGCCACGACAAUGCCACCUGUUUAUAUGUAGGCCCUGGGCAGAAUGAAUGUGAGUGCAAGAAAGGAUUUCGAGGAAAUGGGAUUGAUUGUGAACCGGUCAUUUCAUGCUUGGAACAAACAGAGAAAUGUCACCCCCUGGCCACCUGUCAGUCUACUCCAUCUGGUGUUUGGAGCUGCGUUUGCCAAGAGGGCUAUGAAGGAAAUGGUGUCCUGUGCUAUGGAAAUGUCCUCAUGGAAUUGUCAUUUCUCUCUGAAGCAGCUGUAUUUUACCAGUGGAUAAAUAAUGCUUCCCUGCAGUCCAUGCUGGCUGCCACCUUGAAUCUCACUGUCCUAGUGCCAUCCCAGCAAGCCAUUGAGGACAUGGACCAGAAUGAGAAAAGCUUCUGGUUGUCACGGAACAAUAUUCCAGCCUUGAUAAAAUACCACACACUACUAGGCACAUAUGGAGUGGCUGAUCUGCAGACCCUGUCAUCCUCUCACAUGCUAGCGACAUCCCUGCAGGGAAGCUUCCUUCACCUGGACAAGGCAGAUGGGAAUAUCACAAUUGAAGGGGCAACUAUUGUGGAUGGUGACAAUGCAGCCACAAAUGGGGUGAUCCACAUCAUCAACAAGGUUCUGGUCCCCCAAAGAGGUCUAACUGGCUCCUUGCCAAAUCUACUCACCCGUCUGGAGCAGAUGCCUGACUAUUCCAUCUUCCGAGGCUACAUCAUUCAAUACAAUCUGGCAAGCGCAAUCGAGGCUGCAGAUGCUUACACUGUGUUUGUGCCAAACAACGAAGCCAUUGAAAAUUAUAUCAGGGAAAAGAAAGCCACCUCUCUAAAGGAAGACAUUCUUCGAUACCAUGUGGUCCUGGGAGAAAAGCUUCUGAAGAAUGACUUGCACAACGGCAUGCACCGAGAGACCAUGUUGGGGUUCUCCUACCUCCUUGCCUUCUUUCUCCACAAUGACCAGCUGUAUGUCAAUGAAGUUCCAAUAAACUACACCAAUGUGGCCACUGACAAAGGAGUGAUCCAUGGUCUGGAGAAAGUUCUGGAAAUUCAGAAGAAUAGAUGUGACAAUAAUGACACCACUAUUGUGAGAGGCAAAUGUGGAAAGUGUUACCAGCAAGCACUCUGCCCACUGGAGACAAAACCACUUAGCGAGCAGAGGAAGUGCAUCUAUUCCACUUACUUCCUGGGGAAGAGAUCUGUAUUCAUCGGAUGCCAGCCGCAGUGUGUGAGAACCAUCAUUACAAGAGAAUGCUGUGCUGGCUUCUUUGGCCCACAGUGCCAAGCCUGCCCUGGGAAAGGUCAGAAUGUGUGCUCUGGGAAUGGCUUCUGUCUGGACGGCGUGAAUGGCACUGGUACAUGUGAGUGCGGGCAGGGCUUCAGUGGGACAGCCUGUGAGACCUGCACAGAGGGGAAGUACGGUGUCCACUGCGACCAAGCAUGCUCUUGUGUCCAUGGGAGAUGUAACCAAGGUCCCUCGGGAGAUGGCACCUGUGACUGUGAUGUCGGCUGGCGAGGAGUGAAGUGUGACAUCGAGAUCACAACAGACAACUGCAAUGGGACCUGCCACACCAGUGCCAACUGCCUUCUCGAUCCAGAUGGUAAAGCCUCUUGCAAAUGUGCGGCAGGAUUCCGAGGCAAUGGAACAGUCUGCACAGCCAUCAACGCCUGUGAGAUCAGCAAUGGAGGGUGCUCUGCCAAGGCUGACUGUAAAAGAACCACCCCAGGGAGCCGGGUGUGUGUGUGCAAGGCAGGCUAUACCGGAGACGGCAUCGUGUGCCUCGAAAUCAACCCGUGUCUGGAGAACCACGGUGGCUGUGACCGGCAUGCAGAAUGCACGCAGACAGGGCCCAACCAGGCCGUCUGUAACUGCUUGCCGAAGUACACUGGAGAUGGAAAGGUCUGCACGCUCAUCAACGUCUGCUUAACUAAUAACGGCGGCUGCAGUCCCUUUGCCAUCUGCAAUUACACGGAAGAAGAUCAAAGGAUAUGUACCUGCAAGCCAGACUACACGGGUGACGGCAUCAUCUGCCGUGGCAGCAUCUACGGGGAACUUCCUAAGAACCCCUCAACAUCCCAGUAUUUCUUCCAGUUACAGGAACAUGCUGUCCGAGAGCUUGCUGGACCUGGCCCCUUCACUGUGUUUGCACCUUCAUCUAACUCCUUCAAUCAGGAGCCCAGGAUUAAAGACUGGGAUCAGCAGGGCCUCAUGUCCCAGGUUCUUCGGUAUCACGUGGUGGCCUGCCAGCAGCUGCUGCUGGAAAACCUAAAAGUGGUCACAAAUGCCACGACCCUCCAAGGAGAGCCAAUUUCCAUCUCUGUCUCUCAGGAUACUGUGUUCAUAAACAAUAAGGCGAAGGUCCUGUCCAGUGACAUCAUCGGUACCAAUGGAGUCAUCCACGUCAUAGACAAGUUGUUGUCUCCCCAAAACUUGCUUAUCACCCCUAAAGAUGCCUCAGGCAGGGUUCUGCAAAACCUUACUACAGUGGCAGCAAACCAUGGAUAUACCAGAUUCAACAAGUUGAUACAGGACUCAGGCUUGCUGAAAGUCAUCACAGACCCCAUGCACACCCCAGUCACUCUCUUCUGGCCUUCGGACAAAGCCCUCCAAGCCUUGCCCCUGGAGCAGCAGGACUUCCUGUUCAAUGAAGACAACAAGGACAAGCUGAUGGCAUACCUGAAGUUCCACGUGAUCCGAGACACCAGGGCUUUAGCUUCAGACCUGCCCAGGUCAACUUCCUGGAAGACCCUGCAGGGUUCAGAGCUGAGUGUGAGGUGUGGAACUGGCAGCGACAUCGGUGAGCUCUUUCUAAAUGGACAAAUGUGCAGGAUCAUACAGCGGGGACUCUUGUUUGACAAGGGUGUGGCCUAUGGCAUUGACUGCCUGCUAAUGGAUCCUACCCUAGGUGGCCGAUGUGACACUUUUACUACCUUCGAUAUUCUGGGGGAGUGUGGAAGCUGUUUCACCACUCCCAGAUGCCCGCUACAGAGCAAACCAAAGGGGGUGAGGAAGAAGUGUAUCUACAACCCAUUACCUUUCAAGAAGAAUGUGGAAGGCUGCCAGAACCUGUGCACGCUGGUGGUUCAAGUCCCCAGGUGCUGCAAUGGUUACUUCAUGCCAGACUGUCAAGCCUGCCCUGGAGGACCAGACACACCGUGUAAUAACCGGGGCACGUGCUUUAGUAUGUACACGCCCACGGGACAGUGCCUAUGCCACACCGGUUUCAACGGGACUGCCUGCGAGCUCUGCUGGCCUGGGAGAUUUGGGCCUGACUGUCAGCCCUGCGGCUGCUCCGAGCACGGGCAGUGUGAUGAGGGGAUCACAGGCUCCGGGCAGUGCCUCUGUGAAGCAGGGUGGACAGGCCGCUUCUGUGACACUCCCACAGUUGUGAUCCCAGAGUGCAUACCUGCUUGUUCCGUGCAUGCAACAUGUAUGGAGAAUAACACAUGUGUGUGUAACUUGAAUUACGAAGGUGAUGGGAUCACAUGCACAGUUGUGGAUUUCUGCAAACAGAACAACGGGGGCUGUGCGAAGGUCGCCAAGUGCUCCCAGAAGGACACACAAGUCUCUUGCAGAUGCCAGAAGGGCUACAAGGGGGAUGGCUACAGCUGCACAGAGAUAGACCCCUGUGCAGAUGGUGUCAACGGUGGAUGUCAUGAGCACGCCACCUGCAGGAUGACUGGCCCAGGCAAGCAUAAGUGUGAAUGUAAAAGUCACUAUGUCGGGGACGGACAGGACUGUGAACCCGAACAGCUGCCCCUUGACCGCUGCCUACAGGACAACGGACAGUGCCACCCGGAUGCCAGCUGUGCAGACCUUCACUUCCAGGACACUACUGUCGGCGUGUUUCACCUACGCUCCCCACUGGGCCAGUACAAACUGACAUUUGACAAAGCCAAAGAGGCCUGUGCCAACCAAGCUGCUUCCAUAGCUACGUACAACCAGCUCUCCUAUGCCCAGAAGGCUAAGUAUCACCUGUGCUCAGCCGGCUGGCUGGAGAACGGGCGGGUUGCCUACCCCACCACCUAUGCCUCUAAGAAAUGUGGUGCAAAUGUUGUCGGGAUUAUAGACUACGGAUCCAGGGCCAACAAGAGCGAAAUGUGGGACGUCUUCUGUUACCGGAUGAAAGAUGUGAACUGCACCUGCAAGGCAGGCUAUGUGGGAGACGGCUUCUCGUGCAGUGGGAACCUGCUGCAAGUCCUCAUGUCCCUCCCCUCACUCAAGAACUUCCUGACAGAGGUACUGGCUUUUUCCAAGAGCUCAGCCCGAGGCCAGGCAUUUUUGAAACAUCUGACUGACCCGUCCAUCAGUGGUACUCUAUUUGUGCCACAGAACAGUGGGCUACCGGAAAAUAAGAGCCUGUCUGGGCGGGACAUUGAGCAGCACCUCACUAAUGUCAACGUCUCUUUUUACAAUGACCUUGUCAAUGGUACCGUCCUGAGGACUAGCCUGGGAAGCCAACUGCUCAUUACCUCCAGCCAGGACCAGCUCCAGCAAGAGACCAGGUUUGUGGAUGGAAGAGCCAUUCUGCAGUGGGACAUCAUUGCCUCCAACGGGCUCCUCCAUAUCAUUUCUGAGCCUCUGAAAGCCCCUCCCUCGGCAGCAACGGCUGCCCACUCUGGCCUGGGAACAGGCAUAUUCUGUGCUGUCAUCCUGGUCACUGGUGCGAUUGCUCUGGCUGCCUACUCCUACUUCAGGCUAAACCAGAGAGCAAUUGGCUUCCGGCGUUUUGAGUCAGAAGAUGACAUUGACGUCUUGGCUUUCGGCAAGCAGCAGCCCAAGAGUAUCGCAAACCCUUUGUAUGAGACCUCAACACCAGCAUCCCCCGAGUCCUCCUGUGACCCCUUCCCAGACUCUGGAGAACAGGAGCUGGAGAACAGCGACCCUCUGGGGGCACUGAGGUCCUGAUGUGAGAAGCCAGCCACGUGAGCCCCGAGCCAUCAUAGUUCCACAGUGACUCCCCAGCUCCAUCUGUCUCUUGGAUCAUUUGUUUUAAAGUAUGAUAACACUCAGAAGCCAUACCUCACCCCUCUGGUUAAUCUGGGGUUGUUGCCAUGGGUAAGGGGCCAUGUUGCCUGGAUGACCAGAGGACCUCCACCUCCUUUGGGCCUCCACUGUGGUUUUCUGAACAUUCUAGAUGGUGCUUGAUGAUUAUUUUCUGCCCUAUCCUGUGGGCAGCUGUGACCUUGUGGUAUUCUCCUAUAGACUGUAAACACCAAAGGCAGGGCUUCACCUCAUAUGUUCUAUAUCCCAGUACCCAGAAGUACCUGCCACACCGGUGCACUCAAUAAAUAUUUUGGGAACA